UAGACGUGGGGCUAUCGGGUAGUGUUACGUGGCCAUAAUAAAUUUUUAGGUUAUAUAAUAUAAAGCUAGAAUAUUCUUAAUAAUAGAUAUUCUUUGCAAUAUCGAAAAACAUAGUAAAACGCACGAAUACAAGAGAAAGCACAUCCUGCCUGAGUGAUUGCAAUAUACCGUGUCACUCCAAGAUUCAUUAUGGCGUCGUCGGUUGAUUCUUUACUUGUGCUGUUUUAAAACUCGGAGGGGCGGUUAAUGCAACCCUUCCUAGGUUUAAAACAAGAUCCAAAAUAACUGCUGGAUUGUCAAGAUUGAAUCAAACCAAAUUUUUACAACAAUUGUUCUUUCGUGUGUUAUUUAUUGACUUGACACAUUUUGUUUGAGUUCAGAAAGAUCGAGAGCAGACAGAAAGGGACGGGUUGGUGAGUCAUUCAGAUUCCACUCUUUGAUGUAACCGCCACCCAACAGCUGUAUACAGUACAUUGAACUACAACAGCAUGAGGUUAUAACAAAAUAUUCUUUCAUAUUUUCAAGAAUUAAAAUGGAAUACAGCUUCUAGUUGAAAAGACUUCUGGAUUUUUCUACAGCUUGCUGUGUUAUUUCAUCAUAAUAUUCAACUGCGUCUUUGUUUAUAACGGAUUGCGUUGUAUUGUGAUAUUCGCCUGACAUAAGCUUACACUUGCUGGUGUAAUGGCUAUCAUGAAACACUUUUAACUUUUAGUGUAACUAUUCCUAUUCUGAAUUAUGAAAAUGUGUAUGUGAAAUUUAUUCGCCAUUUCCAAGGAGUUUGACACUUGUGUCUCACCUUUUUUGACUUACCUGACUUAACUUUUUGAGAUUUAGACUAGUAUUGCAUAAUCAUUUGUAACUGAAAAUGGCACAUAUUUUAUCAUUAUUCAGUCAGCAAAGGACUUUAAUUACAUGUGACUCGUGUGUUAGUGUCAUUGUUAUCAUGAAAAACUUGAGUGUCUUCAGCAACUUGUGAUUUAUUCUACUAACAAUUUAACAUUUCAAAAUGGCCGGAAUACCUCCUCUACCUCAAUCUACUUUCAAGUCAGGUGCUCACAUUUGACACUUGACUUGUCAAAAGACAUAUACCAGGCAGCAUUCAGUAAUUGUUUACCUUGAUAACCUUUGGUGCUACAUUGUGCAUAUUAUUUGUAAAUACUAGUGUACAUUACAUCAAAUACAUCUGUGAUUUCAGGAUUCCGGACCAUUACACUAAUUAGCGCAACCUGUUAGUGUUGUUCUUGUCCACUUUUUUAUUCCCUACCAUUCCCAGUUGGUUCUAUGAACCUACAGCGUCAACGGCCACGACUGCAGAUAAGUCAUGGCCCCAAAAAGAAAGUGGAAUAUGAACAACCACCUGACUUAAAUAGUUUAUCACCUGAUUUACAGCCAUGUUCGCCCCCAUCAUUUUUUCAUUCUGAAAAUGGAUUGGCACCAGUUCAAGACCAAUACCUUCAGAUUGGAAAAUAUAUUAUACAUCAAGCCAACCCAUCUAAUGAAAAUUGUACUGCAAUAAAUAAGAUCAAUGGAGAGGAAUUUAUUUGCAAGGUGCUACCUAUAGGUAAAUAUAGGCAAGCAAUAGCUCCAUACCUGGCAACUGACGGCCAUCCAAACAUAGCCAACACUUGGGAGAUCAUUCUUGGUGAAACAUCAGCUUAUGUAUUCUUUGAGAGAGGCUAUGGAGACUUGCACUCGUAUGUUAGGGAGAAAAAGAAGUUGAAACAGGCUGAGGCUCGAGAUCUUGCUCGCCAGAUAGUUUCUGCAGUCAACCACUGUCACGAGAAUGGUGUUAUACUGCGGGAUCUUAAGCUGAGAAAAUUUGUCUUUAAAAAUGCUGAGAGAACUGAAUUGCGUCUUGACGGCCUAGAUGAUGCCAUCAUUCUAGAAAAUGAAAACGCUUCUGACACCCUGACAGACAAACAUGGCUGCCCUGCUUAUGUCAGUCCAGAAAUUCUGUCUGCACGCAACGGCUACUCAGGGAAAUGUGCUGACUUGUGGAGCUUAGGUGUUAUGAUCUACACCAUGCUCGUUGGUCGUUACCCUUUCCAUGACAGAGAGCCCAUCGUGUUGUUUGGGAAAAUCAGGCGUGGCGCUUAUAAGAUUCCGGAUUCAGUCCCAGCUAGAGCUAAGUGCCUGGUGCGUAACCUUCUACGCCGUGAGCCUAGCGAGAGGUUGAGUGCUGCUGAAGCUCUGGACCACCCGUGGUUUACUCGGCCCCUGAUGGUGGAGCCACCCAACAGGCCUGUAGUUGUACAGAAGGGUGUGGACCAAACCGUGCCAGAUUACGAGUACCACUUGGAUGAUGUGUCUCUAGAUUCUUCUCUACCAAACUAGGCUGGUCUUCUUAGCUUCUUAGCCCCACCAUUAUCUGUUAAACAUCUGAUUUCAUUAUACCCAGGAUUUUCAUCUCAAAGAUGUUUUUGGACAGUUUGUUGUUUUACUGUGGUUUAACCAAACCUAAUGUUACUAGACUGACGUUGAGCAUCUGCUGUAGGCAGUAGUUCAUGUUAUGUUUGAUGGUUGGUAAUGUGCAGCUAGAAUUUGAUAAACUUUCAAUUUUAAUACUUAUUUUUAAAUUUAACUUUUCAAUUACCUAAUCUGAGAGUUUCAUCUUUGAAGUAUACAAUCAUUAAAAAAAGUAAAAAAAAAAAUUGUGUGUGUUAUAACCAUGUAGGCUACUGUAAGCAGGAAACACAUUACCUUUUUUUUUGGCACCCUUUUUCUGUUUAAGAUCAACUUGUUGAUGAUUUAACCAACUUGUCGAUUAUUUAAUUUACUUUUGUACAUGAUACUCUGUGAUAUAUAUGGGGCAGAAGUUACUUCAAAGCUUGAUCUGGAGCUAAAAUUGUUUUUUUUUUUUCGUUUCUAUUUAUUUUUAACUAUAGUGGAAUAUGAUCAGAAAUUCUUACAUAACCAUUAGCAAAAAAAAAAUUGCGUACAUUAAAAUAUCUAAAUAAUCCAAUAAUGAAGAUCUCUAAAAGUGAUAAAAUGGCACUCAUUAGGGAUUUGCAUGUUGCUUUAGUUUUGUAAAAUCAUCUUUUCAUCAUAUCACUCACUAUACUAAAUGUAAUCCAAUGUUAUUGUUUACUUUAUGUAAUGGUAUUAGUUAAUUUAAACAGAAAAAACAAAAAAAAAAUGACUUCUGAAUCCCAUGAAGUGGUAUCAAGAAGAGUUUUUAAUUUAUUGUAAGAUUUUGGUUAAAGAAGUGGAGAAAGGUUGUGUGAGUGUUUUCAAGCAAUCAGUCUGUUGUCAAUGUGAAUCUUGCCAUUGCUGAUGAUGCAAUCCAUGUGAAGAUUUUUCUCAGGCAAUUAUGAAAGCAAUGAACAAAAUAUUACUGCUGUCAGGGCAUCAAGUGCUUGCUCCAGCUGUUUGAACCUGCUUGUGUUGUAUGGAAGUGAAACAGGACAAUACUUUGAGGAGGCCUCGCCUACAUGCUAGGCUAGGUGGUUGAUUCUGUGUAACAUUAGGAGCAGGAUUUACUGGACUUCAUUACAUGAUAAAAUGCUGUGUCAGCACAGCACUAUGACACUAAAUUCUCAUGGAGAGGAAUACAAUCAAUGAUACAAUCUCAAUGCAAGUUUGUAUGGACCACUAUCAGAAGAAAAUUGUGUCUGCAAGAUUACUUAUACUAAUGUAAUAGUUGCAAUGUUUUAAAGGUUUUACUACUUUAUUAAAAGCAAACUGUUCUAGUGCCAUAAAUAUUGUACAUGUGCAAUGGACAUGAUAAAGCUAUAUGCUAGUAUUUAAUUUAUUCACUCACAAACAUGGUCAUUAAUGACGAACAGCAGCUUAGCAAUAUGAUAUGAAUUAUAAGCUGGGCUGGCAGAUAUUGAACUGCCUGUAGCUAGUUUUGUGAUAGAGACAAUUUAAUAAAAACUAAGAGCAACAUGAGUCAAGUGAAGGCAUUUACAUUGUACAGUAUAAAUUACAUGUGAAGAUGGAGACCAAUGGUACACAUUGAUAUAAAAACUGAUUGACUGAUGAUAUGUGGUUGAUUUCAUUUUUUCUGAUCUCGUAUUUCUGAUGGAUUUGGACAGUACUUUAGCUACAAGCUGCGGUUGAUUGGGAUUACAGGAGUGAGGUAUUGUAUGGGAUUCAUUACUGAUACCAACUUGAGUGUAUUUCCUACAACUAAAUGUUUCAAAUCCCUGUGACAUUUUUUUUCUACGUUUUACACUCUUCUGAAAGAACAGAUAUUUCACAGAUCAUGAAACAUGUUAACGCCAUUACAUUCUAUUUAUGAUGUAUUAUUAUAGCUGUUGUUUUUUUAAUUUUUUGUUGUUAGUAUUUUAUUCCUGUGAUGUCAUCAACUUUAAAAUUAUUUAGUAAGAUUGUCUGAUUGAAGCUGGCACUAUUGUGUGAGAAAUUGGCAUGCUUUAGUUUUUAUGACUGUAUCUUAAUUGAUCAUUGUCUUUAUUACCAUGUCAUACCAUUUUUUAAUGCAGAGGACACAUUGUUUACCGUCAUUGGAUAAAAUAAAUAUGAUUUUUCAAAUGC